UUAGAAUGACGACAGAGGAGGGGGAUAUACCAGAAAUAUAAAUGGAUAUUGAAUUGAGAGUGAGACAUCUCGCUAAACAUUUUCUUAAAAAAAAUGCCAAGAUGCCAACCAUGGUUGUGACCAAUGCGCAAGCGCAAAUCCACUCUUUUUUUUUUAAAAGAAAAUACAUUCUCUAUUGCUAAAACACAUAUGCCAAUUAGUGAUUCAUAUAUUAAUUAUUAUACUAUAUUAAUAUAUAGUAAAAUUAAUAUGAGUUUUUUUCCUUUUUUCCCAAAAUGACAUAGAUACUCCGAACCAGUAGAGGGCGCCAAACCCUGAAACUUUGACUUGAUUUGAGUCAACUCAGAAGCGGAUGUUGGUUUUUGCCUCAUGCAGUCAGUGCAUGUAGCUGCGAGCUGACAACAACAAACUUUUUUACUCUUAGAAAAUGGAUUUAAAUACCAAUAAACAGUGUUCGCCAGCUUUAUUGUCCUGCGGAAGCGGAGCAGCUUUUAGUGACAAACUUCUUCUCAAGCCCCAAACCCUGCAAACAGAGCGAGUCCCCAGAAGCAGCGUGCUGGAACGGCUGCAGGGUUUCUUGCCUCAGAUGGCCGAGGCCAACAAGAAGCUGAAACAACAGAUGGAGCAAGGUCCUGCUGGAAGCUUUGACAUAGAGAGUGUGGAGGAGGACGAAACCGUCAUAGAAAUGGAUGUGGCCCUGGUAGAGCUGGAGUCGUCAGACGAGUCUGACGGCGAGGAGGAAUCGGACUCUGAGGAAUCGGACUCUGAGGAUGACAGCAGUGAGAUCACGGAGCAGAACCUCAAACUACCCGGACACACAAACAAGAAAAAGAACCCUGUCAUCCAGGUUCUCCAUGGGGAGUAGAGCGUUAAGAGGACAUUUUUUAAUCCAAACACUGCUCAAGGAACUUUUUUUUUUCAUUCUGAAAGAGGAAAAACGGAACAGAAACAUCCUCUCUGGAGAUUUUUAUACUUUUCUUAUCCCUAUGGGAGAAAAAAUGUCAAUCUUCUUUUUGUUUUCUUUUCUUUUUCCUCCUUUGACUCACAGCUGGAAGUAAGAAUACAUAAAAAGGAAGAUGGCCGCUCUGUUUUCUUCCUCAGCAAAGGAAGUGCUGGAAAAAUAUUUCUUUGAGAACUCACUUUGUAGCAAAAAAAGUCAGAAAGAACAAAUAUAAAGUUGAUAAUGUUGUACACUUUUGUAGUCUCUACAAGUGGCUGAAUCAGAGUGAGUUUAUCCCACCGGUCUGCACUUCUUCUCCUUUUGUUAGAAGAUCUUCUGUUGACUUUGAAGCCUGUUGAAGAUCCAUUUUUGCUCAAAAUAAAUAAAUAAAGGGAACAACUAGACAA